GUCAAUUUUUGCUAGAUUUUUUUUCGAAUCAAUUUCGAAACAGCACAACUGAGUUUUUUUGCGAGAUCAAGAGAGGAUGCCAAGUGUCAACGAAUGAUCUUGUGUAUCCUAUACAAACAUAGACCGGCUAUGAUUAUACACUAAAGAUGAAUACACAUUUUGUUGCUGUUGUUGUUGCUAUGUUUCUCAUACAGACGCACACGUCCAUUCACAUGAAUAACACUUGGACUCUCUCUCUCUCUCUCUCUCGCGCCGCUUUUACACACAUUCAAAUAUCGGGUAGCGCAAAUCGUCGUUCAAGAGCACAUCAAAUGGGCACUUGUCAAAAUUUAAUUAGAGACUAGGAAACGACGAACGAAAGAGAGCGGAGAAAACUAUAUGUAAAAUAUCUAUACAUACACGGAACAUUUGAAAACACUUCCCUUUUUAGUUUGAUCAUUUUGUUCACGCUCACUUUUCAUUUCUUAUUUUUUCUGUGUAUCGUUUGGUUUCGGUUUCGAUUCGAUUUUUUUGUUGUUGUUUCAUAUGAACUCAAUCACUCGAAGUGGUUUGAAUACGGCAGAAUAUGUCGAAAUAUUUGAAUGGUUCAUUGAAACGACCACUUAGUUUAGUAUGCAAAAGUGUUUGAUCUUUGGUGUUUCCGUGACAUUUGAAUAGCAUCAAAAGAGAGAAGAAGAAAACAAUUCGUUUGGUUGACCAUCAAAUUUCUUGUUGCAUUGAACACGAAAUUUUGUGUACAAUUAUUUAUUUUUUCUCGCCGAGCAUCACAUCCAUAACCAGUGUGCCAAUUAAAAAGACGGCGCAUUGUUUCGCCGCACAAGUGAAGAAAAAAGAGAGAGAGAAGAGAGUGAUUUAUUGCAGAAAAUUUAGAGAAAUCGUCCCACAAAUCGCAUAAAAUUCAAAUGGUGAACAACGACAACGAACUGGACCAUUGCUCAAAAGAUGCAUUAACUGGUUUCCUGGGGCUGGUGCUGCAAGCCGUCUUAGCUGGUUUAGCUUUCACAUGCCUAAUUGCGAAGAGAUUUCGUGAGCCGCCCGGAGUUCGUCGACCAUGGCAAGUGUGGUGGUACGAUACAUCGAAACAGGGCAUCGGCGCGAUUGUAAUCCAUUUGACCAAUGUCUAUCUGGCAAAACUGUUUCAGGGUGAUCCAUGCACUUGGUACGUGAUCAAUUUCCUAUUAGACUCAACCAUAGGACUGUUGAUUGUGUUCAUUGGUAUUCGAUUGUGUCAAUUUCUUGCGUUUUACAAAAAAUGGCCAGCCAUCAAUUUUGGCGUUUAUGAUGCGCCAAAAUCAUGGAUAUAUCAAACAUGUAUUUACAUUGGCCUUAUGGCCUUGGUGAAAAUAGCGACAACAUUGUUCAUACAAUGGAAAUUUUGGGAAGGUGUCAAGAACCUGGUGCUGUCACCAUUUUCAAAUGCAACUCUUGAAAUAACGCUGGUCAUGCUGGUGAUUCCGUUCUUUGUGAAUCUACUCAUAUUCUGGGUGACGGACAAUUUUUUGAUGCGACACGAUCAUCAACAGCACAAACGUUCAUUUCUCAUCAACUAUGUGAGCAAAUUGAACAAACACCAGACGAAUGGAUUUACGAAUGGCACCAACGCACCGCAAUAUGCCAACGGCAACGGAUCCCUAAAUGCAAACGGUAAAUUUGGACAAAGCAAUCUAUUUGAACGUGCCAAACUCUAUUGUCCCAAUAGGCUCGAUAUUAUUGAUAGUAGUUAUAGUAAAUUUGACCAAAUUGAUAAACCAACCACACGUAGAUAUAAUGAAUUAAUUGAUAAUGAUUCUGAAUCGGAUGCCCUCCUUACAGGCGAUGAACGCUUUGAUGUUGAAUUCACCGACGAUGAUUGCGUUGCAUUGGAGCCACGCGAUCCUCGACUGAAUUUGUAGUGAACGAAAUAGAAAUUAACGCAUUACCAUUAUCAAAUCUCAUCUCAACAACACACACACUCAUCCACAAACACACAUCACUCACAGCUCAAAUCUAACCAACGCCCACAAAAAAACAUGACCAUAGCAUACAUAUCCUCAGACAGACGGAGAAGCAAAACAAAGGGGCCGAUAAUUCACUUUUGAGACCAUUGAACGCUGAACUCAUUUCGCUAAAUGCGCAUCAUUUUGGCAUCGAAACACAAAUCACCACAUGGAAAAUAUCGUUUUGAAAUUGGAAAUUGGGAAAACACAUUUUCACACUCGAAGAAAAGAUUUUUCGCAAAUUACGGGCCAUUUUUAAAAUGCGCUAAUGAUCCUUAUGUAAUAUUUCAACAAAAAGCAAUUACAAAGCCAAAGACCGAAAAAAAAAAUUGCAAAUAAAACGAAAAAAUGCGAUUGCGUGAAGAACGGCAAUUAUCAGAAGAAGAGUUAAGACAACGAUCAUGAUUAUAAAAUGAAAUUUGUAUAAAUCAUGAUUAUACUUUGUUGGAAUACUAUAUGACGCUAUUAUUAACUAAUCUUUAUUGUGUAUGUAUCGUAAAAAUGCCCCAAAUAUGCGUGCAAUUUUAUCUGGUAAAAAAAAACGAUAAAAAAAGGUUCGUUAAUUUGCCGGAGAAAUUUCGUAGGCUUGAAUAGGUUUCAUGUAUUCAAAACUAUUUUUUUUUUUACAUUUUUGUUCUAUGUAAUGUAUUGAAUCACACGUCUACAGUUUCAUUUAAAUGUUAAAUGUUGAAGACUGUCCGAACUGUUGGGUCCCCCAUAUAUGCGAGAGCUAACCAUCAUAAUAUCAACUUCAUGCAUUUUUGCCAUCAAACACUACAAAUUAGAUUAAUCUAAUGCUUAAUUAAUUCCAUAAAUAUCUAUUCAUUUUUUUCGGUUCUGCUGUUCAUUUGUUCAGUACUGUUACACUUAACUAGAGAGAAUAAUAAUUGUUUUGAUAAAUUAUUUGUUAAAUGAGAACAAAACAAUUUCACGUAUUAGCUUUGGAUCGCCUCUUUUGUGUCAUGUAAACACUCCCAAAAAUCAGCCAUAUCCGUUAUUAAUAUACCUUGUAGUAAACGCGUUCAUAGUGUUUCACUGUAGUAGCAAAGUAUCCUAUUAAAUUCCACUGUGGUAUUACUACAAGAAAAUUUAAUAGGAUACACCGCUACUACAGUGAAACACUAUGAACGCGUUUACUACAAGGUAUAUUAAUAACAGAUAUGGCUGAUUUUCGAGAGUGAACGGGAUAGAAAAAUCAUACAGUUGUUCGUUUUUUUUUGUAUGAAAGAAAAUGGUAUCUCUUAGGCGCUAAAAUGACCUUAUGAUUAGAAUUCAAACUUUACUUAAAACGGAUGAAAAAUGCAGCUGUAACGCAAGAAAAAAUCAGUGAGAUUGUUGGAAAAAAAUUUGAAUUCAGUAUGAAUUAGAAGGAAAAAGAAAAAAAUGUUAAAGUGGAAUGGAAGACAAAAUAUGCCGUGCCAAUUAGAAAUGAUGCAAAUUACUUUUAAUUGACAUGUGUCGAUAUAUAUCGGCAUAGAUACACGGUAUCGCGUGGGUUAAUAUUGAAAAUGUUAAAUUAUAAUAUUGAGAUUUAAAUGGCUGUGUGCUGAUUUUAAGGUAGAAAACAAAAUAACAGGAAAAGAAUGUUUUGUUGUUUUUUUUUGUAAUUUUAGUCUUUUUUACAUCACAUUUGUAUACCGAUUUAUACCAAGAGAAAUGCAAAUUUACAUCGAAAAAACAAAAUUUACAUCGAAGUAAUGUGCCCAAAUAUUUAGAUAAAUUAAAAAAAAAAUCUACCUGAAUGAUACUUCCAAGAUCCCUCUUUUUUCCUGAAAAACUUCCUUAACGUCAGUUUUUAAAACUAUUUGUUAAAUAAUAAGAGAUGUAGAUACUUUAUAGGAAAUUUUUUUUAAUAGUAUAAUAAUGAAAAACCUAAUCAUAAGUAAAGAAUAAACUUUUUCACACAAAAAAAUUAUCUUUAUCACAAAGAUAAAUUCCAUUGUGGUUAGAAAUUGCGGAUAUUUUUGUAUAAACUGGGAAUUUUGUAGAAUCGUGCAAAAAAAAAGCAAUAAAAAGAAUUGUUAGAUAAAAAAA